AUGCCGCCGCAGAGUAAGGCGGAUCUACAGAAGCAGAGGGCGAAGUUGGUGAAUUCCUAUCAGGAACUCUUAACAGAGUUUUCAUCCAAGGAGCUCCAGACUGUAGGCAACUACCACGUCGGCCGCUUGAUCGGGAAGGGCAGCUUCGGCAAGGUUUACCUCGCGACCCACAAGCUUACCAAUGGAUCCAAGGUAGUGUUGAAAUCCGCCCAGAAGGACGAUGCGAACCUCGCCCGGGAAAUUCACCACCACCGGCAAUUGCUACAUCCACAUAUAACGCGGUUAUACGAAGUCAUUGUGACCGAGACACUCGUCUGGCUGGUCUUGGAAUAUUGCCCGGGGGACGAGCUCUUUAACUAUCUUAUCAAGAAUGGUCGUUUAUCUACCCAAAAGACGAAGCGAAUAUUCACCCAACUAGUUGGUGCAGUGAGCUAUGUACAUCUGAAUAACUGCGUUCACCGCGACCUCAAGCUGGAAAACAUCAUGCUGGACAAGGCCGAAAACGUUAAACUGUGCGAUUUUGGCUUCACCCGGGAAUAUGAACGAAACAAGCUGUUACAGACCUUCUGCGGCACCGUAUGCUACUCGGCACCCGAAAUGCUGAAAGGAGAAAGGUACAUGGCGUAUGCCGUGGACGUCUGGUCAUUAGGUGUCAUCCUGUACGCUCUGCUCUGCGGUGAAUUGCCUUUCGAUGAGGAUGUUGAGAGCGAGACGAAAUUGAAGAUCUUGAACGAUGAGCCAAAGUACCCGGACGACAUCCCAGAUGACGCGGUGUCACUUCUGAAGGCCAUGUUGCAGAAAAAGCCCAGUCUACGACCCACUCUCUCGGAGCUUUUGGCCCACCCUUUCCUCGCCGAACAUGCGCCACAGCAAAGAGCGAUUCUAGCCGUCCAAGCCCUACCACCGUUCACCACUAAGCUUGAAAAGGACUGCCUGCAUAGGAUGAAGGCAGCAGGAGUGGAUAUCGACCAGGUCAUAGAAAACGUGUUAGCAAAGAAGUGCGACGCGUUAGCUGGCUGGUGGGCAUUGCUGAUAGAGAAGGAGGAGAGAAAGGAGAGGCGGCGGCAAAAGAAGAAGAUUGAGAGCAGACGGAUGAGCGCAGCUUCACAAUUGGAUUCCAUGCCACCACCAGUGGAGGAAGUUGACGAAGAUGCAUCUCCAAAGCGAAGCAACGGGAAGAGCACGGAAAAAAAUCCUAUAAUAAUCUUACCAGAGCGUCCAUUCGCAAAGUACGGUCGACCAAGAACUCCAACCUCUCCGAGGGGAGGAGUUCCGCCUCCGGUUGAAAAGGACCGGGAUUAUGGACCCUACCUCAAACCACCACAGUCGGAGCGCCAAGUGCGGUCUUCUCCGGAUCUCAGGAGAGAUGCUCAGGAACACAAGAACCGGACUACCCGGAAGCAGGCACUCAUGAUGCAAUUGGCCAGUAUCAAGCACUGGUUCUUGGACUCGGCGAAGCGGGCGACCUCACCGAAUGCCAAAAGCGUCCACCAUCAUCAGAACCUAAUGAAGCACCACUCAAACGGCAGCAAGUCACACAUCUACCAUCAAUAUGCAAACGCCGGGAGUUCAGGCUCACGUUCGUCACAUUCCGGAGUACGGCGCAACUCGAGAGGGAAUGCUCCAUACAUCACCACGCACCGAAACACGCCGCCUCCCAAACGAAACUCGCUAUCGCCGCAACCGCACACACCGCGUUCGUCGUAUCGACGUGCUUCGGCGGGCAGGGGUCUAAAUGGACGGAAUUCAACAUCGUCAUCGGUGUCCUCGAUCCGGUCGUUCCAUAACAAGACUCACUCGAAAGCGUCGUCAACUUCCUCGGCAUCCAUAUCGUCUAUAAACCUCAAGUCACCACGGUCACCACGAGGUUCGUCCGUCAAGGUGUUGCCUGCAACACCGUCGUCUUCGAAUCCGUUCCCGUCAAAGGGAGGAGUUGGUAGAGGUGGUGGGUACAAUGAGUCGGCAGUCCUAGCAGGACCCAUUGCGUUCGCAAAGAGGAAGAAGAGCGUGUUCAAAGGACCGAUGCUUAAUGGAAGCAGCAGUAGCAGCAAACGGGAUAGUAUGGGGAGCAUGAGUAAGGCGAGGGGAGGUGGAAAUGGUGGAAUCAUCGAAGAGGAGGAGGAAGAAGAGGAAGAGGUGGUGGAUUUUGGACUGGACGACGACGAGAUUAUCAUCGUGGAUGAGUCGGAAAAGUCUGAUGAAGAUCUUCCGGUGAGGAGGGCCGUGAGCCAUUGA